CCAUGGUUCAAGGUUGAUCAGAUUAUACAUGUAUCAGCCACAGUCCAGCACAGUGAGCUGCUCAGGGAUAACAGAUAUCACAACACAACCACACUCCUCUGCUUAAUUCAAGUAACCAGGUUUAAAAAGAACAUUUUCAUGGAUACAGGGUCUCGAAUGCUGCAUUUUUUACUGAUGGCUCAGGAUGGCAAGGUCCUGGCUCUGGGAGUUCUGGCUGGUGCUGCAGGGAUCAGUUUGGCAGCUUUUUGGUACCAGAGCCGGAGAACCAUGGUGGGGGCAGCAGGGGCAAGUACCUAUUAUCUGUCAAGCAGCAGAAACACAGACCAGCUUGGAGGCGGUGUGGCAUUGCAAGCAGGCCAGACGGAGGUGCUGGAUCGGCUCGGAGCUCUGAUUCAGUGUGUGUCAGAGCUAAAAGAGGAGGUGAAGGCCCUGAAGAAUGCUCUUCCACACUUGCAGGACCACAUCAGAGAUGAGUUAACAGGGCGGAGUCGCAAGGCAAGUCCACUGAAUAGAACCACGCCCACAAGGAGGAAGAGAGCCAGCGGAGUGGCCAGAGCACAGGGGCAGAGCUCAGAGGAAGCAGAAAGUGAAGGAGGGUAUAUUACAGCACUGACGGACACUGAAGAGGAGGGUGAGAGUGAAGAGGAUCGCAAAGUUGUAGAGCCUCUGGAUGAGCUCACCGUCCUGUUACAGAGAGCAGAUCGGCUGCAUGAUUGUAACGGCGCUGAAAAGAAGGAAGGCUUGUCCACUCUGCUGGAGAGGAAGGAAGAGUAUGAUCAGAAGUGGCAGUACCUGUGGCGGUUAACCAGAGCCUAUGCUGAUGCUCAUGAUAUGGCUGGAGACCUUGAAGAGAAGAAGAGAUACGCUGAAACAGGGAAGCAAAUUGGAGAACAAGCCAUUUCAGUGAAUCCCAUGUGUGCUGAAAGUCAUCAGUGGUAUGCUAUUCUAUGUGGACUUCUGUCAGAAUAUGAAUCUGUCCAGAAUAAGAUAAAGAAUGGCUACCUUUUCAAGGAUCAUUUGGAUAAAGCCAUUGAGCUGAAGCCGCAGGAUCCGCAGUCUUAUUACCUGCUGGGCCGCUGGUGCUAUGCUGUGGCCCAGUGUACAUGGAUUGAGAGGAAAAUUGCUGCUACGUUGUUUGGAGAGCCUCCGAGCGCAACAGUCCAUGAUGCCCUGCAGAACUUCCUCAAGGCAGAGGAGAUCUGUCCAAAAUACUCUAAAUACAACUAUGUGUUUUUAGCAAAGUGCUAUAAAGACCUGGGCCAGAAGAACCAAGCCAAGAUGAUGUGUGAUGCUGGAUCUGAUAUGAAAACAAUAACUAAAGACGACGAGGAAGCACAAAAGGAGCUGGACUCUAUUCUCUUGUCACUUUAGUCAGAAACAGACUCUUCAUGUCUCCGCUACUUUUAGGGCACAGUUGUGUUGAUAGACUCGAGUUGUGACCGUAUGACUGUUAUUUUGACUUUUUCUCAUUUUUCUGCUGAAUGUAGAUGACUAUUAACAUUAUUGACAACUGAACUUUGACCAGCGAACAUCUGCAGCAUGACAUAUGCCACACUAUGAGGCAACAUGUCAUGCUUCAAAUUAUCACAGAUCGAAGUUCACUUGUGACCAUAUGACUGUUAUUUUGACAUUCUCUCAUCUCUAUGCUGACUGCAGACUCUCAACAUUAAGGACAACUGAACUUUAAUCAGUGAUAAUCUGGAGCAUGAUUUCUUGCCUCACAGUUUGUGACAUAUCAUGUUCGCACAAAAGUCAUAAAUUAAAAGAUUUCCUAACUUAAUUUUAGUACCCUUAGAGUUGUGGACAAAUCAUAAAUUCCUUCGCUAGCCCACCAUAAGAAAAAGCUGUACUGUAAAAGGAUAAAAAUAGGAGCUAGUUAGCUAGGUAUAUACAUUAAUACAGACUAAAGGAAACAAACGAAAUUAUUAUCUUCUUAUAAUAAAGUGUCUAAUGUAGCACACCUUGCUUGCACCCUCAACACAAAAUACUAGGCCAUGAGAUGUAGCGUUCUCCCAUGGCAUUCACCUUAAAAUUAGAGUCUAGCUUCAUUAUUUGCAUUUGCAUCUUGCAAGUUGGAGAGCUGUAUGAAGGCUUUGUGCUGAAUUUUAUGUUGCUUGGUUUUGUUACUAUUUCUACAUACCUGUGUGGUUCUGAUUCAGAAAAGAUCGCCAUCCAUCCAUGCAUUAAUCCUCAUAGUAAAAACCACCUAGUAAAGAUCAGCUAGAUCACGUCUCCAUCAGUGUGUGUGGUGCAGCAGGUGGCAGGAUUUGGACGUAUGCGCUAUAGUUACAGCAUCGAGGCUUGUCACAACACCGUUGUGUGUGUUAAGGACAAACAUAGCUACAUACCAAAUGAAACUUUUGUUUUGUGAAAGUCAAUAAGGGAUAGGUUUUUUCUUUCUCUGGUUGCUGAAACCACUUGUCUGCUGAAUACCUGGGAUCAGUAGCCCAGGCUAAUGAUUUGUCCACACUACCCCUCCCAUAUUCACAUUAGACCCUUUUACCCGUUCCAAACACAGCACUGCAUUUAGUCAGUUACAGUCUACUUUUGUGUUUUUACUACAGACCUACACAACACCAGAAGAUUAAUAGAACACUAAUACCAUGGCAAGGUACCUUUUCUCUUCCCCCUUUUCUUGACUUCAUGGCCAGUGUUUAGUGCAAUUUUCACUACGGUUCCACACAGUUAAAAAAAAAAAAAAACUCUAACGGUUGUUUUUAUUCCUUGGGAGAAUAUAAGAUUUAUUUGGGAGUAUAUCAGUAUAUGAGAUCUGUACUGAUUUUGGUGGACUAGUGGCUAUUAUGUGCCGCUCUCACCUAUCCUGAUCAGGGAACCUAUCCCAGCCAUUGGAGGGUUGUACGAGCCAGUGCACUCUCGGUGCCUGUCCCAAGCCCGAAAAAUGGGGAGGGUUGUGACAGGAAGGGCAUCUGGCAUAAAACUUAUGCCAGAAUCAGAAUAUAUGGAUGAGUGAUCCUCUAUGGCGGUCCUGAAUGGGAGCAGCUGAAAGAGGGGGAAAAAAAUUAGAUCUGUUUUGCAGAUUUUCAUUUCUUAAUGUUUUUGUUUCCACAAUUGUACAUGUAUCUACAUCAUUGUUUAAGCAAACUGAUUACUGAGUCAAGAAAAUGCUGACAUCUUAUUUUGGUUUUGCUUUUCUUGUAACAGGAAGGUGCUGGUUCAUAGUAUUUAUACACAGUAAUAAUUUUAGCUUUGACCUGUAAAAAAUUGAAGCUAUUAUGUUUUAGCCUGUUUCACUGCACAAAAUCGGGGGUGGAGGGAAUUGUUUCCAAAAGUCUUUUUGAUCAUUGUAUACUUCAUGUGCAGUGCUAUAUUUUAAAAUAGAAAUUCUACAUAUAAACAUAUAAUGCAUAAUCAUUCUUGACAGAGGUAUUAUUGCUUCAAAAUGUGUUGAAAUUUAUUAAAAUCAUAAAAUGUGAAAUCUGUGGAAGUUUUGGACAUUGAUAAAAUGCUGCUGCUCUUGAUUUGGAGACUCUUUGUACCUAAAUAUGAAGGAUAUCAUAUAUGGUCCCAGUUCUUAGUAUAGGCAUAUGUUAAUGUAUAAAUGUUAACAUAAAUAUGUUAAUGUAGGUUAAUAUAGCCAGUCCCCUAUGCAUAUGCCUUUUUACAACUAGUCAAUUCCACUAAAAGAACAGAUGUAAAAAGAAUGCAGGCUUCUUCUGAAAACCGAAAGUUACAUACGCUUUUCACAGAAUAAACUUGCACACACUUUACAGAAAAAUUAAUCACUGAUAUUUACAGCAUUAUGGCAUUCAAUUAUCAAGUGUAAUGAACUAGAACCAAUACUAGAAUUCUAUUUUUUAUUUAAAAUAUAUAUUUUGAUUUUAAAUUUUAAAACCAUUUGUACCCGAACAUUCCCACAGCCUCUAUUUUGGAAACUGGUGUUUUCAAAUGUAUUGUUUAAAUAGUGCACAUGAAAUUUGUAUGAGGAUGAUUACUUACUUUUUUUCUGUUUUUGUAUAAUAUGUUUCAGCUUUACCAAAGAAAGUUAGGAGUGUAUGUCAUGUUUCUUUUUUUUGUUUGUUUGUUUGUUUUUUGUUUUUGUUGUUGUUGUCAUUGUUGUUGUUGUUAAGUGUGGUUUGCAUUCCAGCAACAGCAAUGUAUUAUUCAUUGUAGAUUAUUCUGUAGGAACUCUGGAAUAUUAUAUGUAAUCUGUGAAACAGUAGCAGCCCAUAUUGUUGAGUUACCCACAUAAUUGAGAAUUGUCCACAUAAUAAUUGUACAGAAUAUAGGUAUAUUCUGAAUAUUGCUAUAUUACAAUGCUAUUCAUUGCAUUGAACUUCCCAAUGUGUUUUGGUAUAAAUGUGAUGUGAUUAGGAUGUAUAAUAUAUGACCCUCACUAAAUUGGUAAAAUAUGUCUGUGACUUAUUCUCUCUAUAACAUCCAGGACUGAGACUGGUAACCAGUUUGAGUCAUUUGCAAUCAGUUGUCUUGAUGAAAACAAUAAAUAAGCUCUUUCCUCCCCCCAGUAGGAAGGCCUGAUGUAUGUCUCUUGCAAAACGGAAUUGUUUGAAGCUGGUUAUGGAAAUCAAGAAUAAGCUGAAAAUAAUACACAGAAACUAAUGCA